AUGUCAAAGCUCUUUCAGGAUGAUGCUAUAGACCGCAUUUACGAGAGUCCACCCUUCAAAGAGCCGGUCUUUGAUGAGUUUGCGUUUCAGUUCGUGUCCCUCGUAAAUGCCGCAAUCACAGCAGGGAAACGCGUUAUACGUGUCCUCGAAGUUGGUGCGCGGCUAGGCCAUCUCACGAAACUUCUCGGCCAGGCUUUGGUAGACAGCAACUUGGCCCCCGGUCAUUAUGUCGAAUAUGUGUGCAGCGAUACUGAUAUCCUGCUCGCUCAGAAGGCGAUGGCUAGAUCCCCAUGGACGACUAUGACUUCGGUAACCUUUGACCCGACCGUCUCCAUUGGAGAGCAGACGUUGGAACCUGCAAGUUUUGAUAUCGUCGUGGCAUUCGAUUCCCUCCACAGUUGUUCUGACAUCCGCACGGUCGUCACCAACCUUCGGAAGAUGCUCGUUGUUGGUGGUUACCUUUCUGUCAUAGAGCUGGACGGUGACUCAUUUUCAAGAUCCACAAUUGGAACUAAAUGGAUGGAGUUUGUGUUCGGAUCAUUUUGUGAAUGGACUGCUGUCCGUCAGGAAGAUGAAGAGUCGAUUAAUUACCCUGUGUCGCUGCAAUAUUGGAAGACUGCGCUUCAGUUGGCUGGUUACGAUGAACCUCUUGCCCUAGUUUCUGCAGCUAGCGGCCAUCUCGCUCAUCUCGCCUUCAUUUCACAAGCGUUUACACCAACACGUCUGACGAACGGGAUCUCGAAAGCGAAACCAAAUCUCCAAUGUGACGAUUGGACUGUUUUCCGCUACUUUGCUGCUGGCGAUGAGCCUGACCUCGUUGCGUUCGUAUCCGGCAUGAGCGCUUCCAAACCUUACUCCUUGUGGUUGCAUUCUGACACGACAUCCCGCAACGCGGCUCUAGUAGGUCUCUCCCGAAGUCUUGGCCAUGAAUUUCCGUCUUGGAAAAUCUUCGCAGUGUUGUUCCACUCUUCGUGGGAUCAAAAUCGGCAACGAGCGUAUAUCCUUGAGAAGUUGAUCCCUCUCAAUAUGGCCCACGCGGAACUCCUGAUUGAUGAAUCAGGAUCUAUAUUUGUUCCUCGAGUUGUGGAAGCUCCUGAGCCCCAAGUCGUUCAGGCCCGAGGGCCACAUGCCGUACGAUUCAGCGAGACUCAAAUAUGGCGGGACUAUCCAGCGGAAUUAUUUCCUGAGGAUGUAGAAGUGGACGUAUCGUUUGUGUCUGUGUCGUCAAUAUUCCCUGGACACUCCGAAUUCUCGGGCACUGUAACUGCAAUCGGGGAGGGCCUCGAAGGGGAAAGUCAACUUGUAGGCCAAAGGGUAUUUGGGAUCGUCUCUGGACAUAGUGGGAGCAUUAUCGUUUGCCCUCGUUCAAGGGUCUCUGUUAUUCCGGACGACUUGCCAUUGUCUUCGGCUGCAGCAUUAGUUGGGCGUUUGGUCUUCGUCUCUUUGGUGAUCAUGAAAGCGCUUCCGUCAAACGGAAAUCGUCAUAUCAUCCUGCAUGCCGGAGAAUUUUCUGCCGCAGCGUGGACCGCUUACUCGUAUCUUAAAUCUACAGGCUUUGAAGUGUUGGUCACCAUGACGAAGACGUUGAUUCCUGAUAUGACAAGUGACUUCCCAGAUCUUGGGCUCGUAUAUGACUCCGGCGACUGUAGAAGUUGGACUCAAGCCGUGCAUAAAUGUGCCCCAAAUGGUGUUGGUCUUGCUAUUAGCUUUGACCCUGACCAGGGCGUGGGCGCGGAGACAAUACAGAUCAUGGCCAAGAAUUCGACUCUCGUGCAGGUCGAGGGAGAUUUACCCGACCGGCUUCCGCGGGGCCAGCGUUAUAUCUCUGUUGAUUGGAAUAAUCUGGCCGAGGAAGAUUUCCUCUUUCAGGGCUUAGCAGACAUCCCUCCUGUUGUCCGCGACGCGUUUUUCUCCUCCGUAGAGGUCUUCAAUCUGAAUCAGCUCUCACUUGCACACGAGAGAACACACCGUGAAUUCUCCGGCAACAUUGCGGUUGUGCUAGGUUUGGAGGACAUUGAUACAGAACUUCCGGUCAUGAAAGGAGGCGCUAUCGCUGGAACAGCUGCUUUCAAUUCGCGCGCAUCUUAUGUUCUUAUCGGGGGCGUUGGAGGACUUGGUAUCAAUAUCGCCAAAUUUUUGGUGGAGAAUGGAGCCAGACAUUUGGUUCUGACGUCGAGGUCUGGAAGUAAGGCUCUAAAGCAUGAAAGCUUUACCCGAGAAAAGCGGAUGAUCGAAUAUCUUCGUGGACGUCCAGGUGUUACGGUGGACAUUUUUUCGGUAGAAUGCCUUGAUGUACAAAAGACCAAGGAACUGUUUGCCUCAAUAGAGCGUCCUGUCGCUGGUGUCUUCUUCCUCCCUGUGAGGUUGAACGAUCAACUCUUUGUCAAUUUGAAGUCGGAUGAUGAUUGGCAUUCAGUGUACGACGUGAAAGUGAAAGGGUUGCAAGUGCUACUGGAGGCCGUCGACCCCGCGUCCCUCGAUUUUCUUGUGCUUACAAGUACUUUAUCCGCCCUGAGCGGCUCCCCGGGGCAAACCAAUUACACUGCUGCACAGGUUCAAAUGGAAAAGAUUGGCGCUACGCUCCCGAACACGAUUUCUGUGGCUGUACCGCCUGUUCUUGAUGCUGGGAUUUUGGCCCGAAGCAUGGGAUCUGCGGGCACUCGAAGAGCUGCUUUGGAGAAAUACAAGUCUUUUGGCGUCGUCACAAGACAAGUUGUCCAACAAUGUUUCGACGCUAUUUUAUCUCUUGGCACGCAACCCCGCAACAGUGUAUAUAUUCCAACAAUGGAUUGGAAGAUGACCCUUCAAUCUGGUUUGGCUCCUACAAGAAGCCAGUCGAUCAUACGCCAUCUGGUCACUAAAGAUGUAGACGGGGCCACACUAUCAGGCACAUCCGACGAGGGAACAAUACGAGCCGCCUGUGCCAAGGUCCUCUCGCUUGCCGUCGAUGAGAUUGAGGAGACUGUUCCAUUGUCGGGCUAUGGCCUCGAUUCUCUUACCGCUGCACGUCUCAGGGGAAUCCUGAAGUCCAGCUUUGGCCUUGAUGUCACUCAACUGCAGCUACUCAGCGGAUAUAUGACAGGCAAGUUGUACAAUAGACUAGUCUCUAUGCAAGUAGAGCAGGCCGCAGAGGCUGUGGCAGAGGAAACUUCAGCCGCCGACACGCAAGACCCUUCGCUUACAGACAAUGGAUAUAGCGAGAACGACAUGAAUCAAACAAUCGUACGCCUCAAUAGCGUGAAAGAUGGCUCGCCCGUGUUCAUAGUGCACGGCGCAGGAGGUGGAGUCCUCGUCUUGCGUAAGAUUGCGCAGCAGGUUCAGGUCCCCGUGUAUGGUGUCCAAGACACCCCCGAAGCACCCUUGACCGGAACCUUACAGCGACUUGCAACCUUUUACCUUGAGAAGAUCAAGCAGAAACAGUUUACAGGACCGUAUCGCUUGGGCGGGUUCUCUUUUGGCGCCGCGGUUGCACUCGCAAUUGCGCAACAGUUACGUGCCGCAGGCGAAACAGUGGAAAUGCUGAUCAUGCUAGACGGCGCUCCUACGUUGUAUCAUCGACCAGAAAUGCGAGAACACAUACGCGAGAUCAUCAUAGAUGGGAGUAUGGACGACAGCAUUAUGGAAGUCGUCAAAGACAUGGUGGCGAGUGGAGUGCUCGACGACGCCGAGGACAUCCAAGUGCAGUUUGAGGAGCACUUUAAGGAUGGUGGCCAGAAAAAGAAAUGGGUGGCGAGAUUCCGCCAGGCGUACACCGCUCACUUGCUCAUGGGCGUUCGCGAGAGUAUGGAGAUGGAGCGACGUGAGAAGGAUGGGAUACUAGAUGGACUGGUGUGGCCAGCGCAGCAGACAGUGCUGAUGAAGGCAGAGAGAGGGACCAAGAUACAUACCCGCGCACAGGGAGCAUCCGAGGCAUUUGACCUGGAUAAGUGGACCGAUAAGGUGGAGGUGUAUGAGUGUCCUGGGACACAUUUCGGGAUGCUGAAUCCCGUGUCGGGUGCCAGUGAGAUCUUGAACGCCACGUUACAACGUGCCGCGGAGUGUUGGCGGAGAGUUGAGCUCGCGACCACGUAA